AUGGAGUUGGCCAUUUCAGUCAAGAACAAAUUGGGGUUCUUGAACGGUUCCAUACCUAAACCUCCUAUGUCUGAUCAAACACUCUAUCAUGCUUGGAUUCGCAACAACAAUAUAGUGAUUUCUUGGAUAAUCAACUCGGUUUCUAAGGAGAUUUCUUCCAGCAUUCUCUACGACGAGUCAGCUGCUGCAAUAUGGAAUGAUCUCAGGGUCAGAUUUCAGCAGAGGAAUGGUGCACAUAUCUACAAUCUCAAGAAAAUUUUGAUGAAACAAGAAACUAAGUCUGUUAGUAUGUAUUUCACCAAGCUCAAAACAGUGUGGGAACAAUUGUCUAACUUCAGACCUAGUUGCACAUGUAAUGGUUGUACAUGUGGGGGAGUUAAGAAGUUGCAAGAACACCACAACAUGGAAUACAUCAUGUCUUUUCUCAUGGGAUUAUCCGAUCUCUAUUCAUAA